AUGCUUCUCGAUGGAUUUUCCAAGAUAUCCAGUCGCUGGCUAUUCAUGAGUACGAAGCCGAAAGAGAUUUAUUCCAGAUCCUCUCUUCUCCUAGGGACUUGUAUGCUUGCAGGCUUUCAUAGCAUUCCAAGCAUGCACGGAUCUGAAACACAUCACUCUUUGUACCAGCAUAUCCAUGGCCUGUUAGGCCGACGAAAUCUAGCAUCAACCGCUUCGCUAGAUACGAUUCAAGCAAUGCUUAUCUUCUCGAUGUGGGAUCUAAGACCAACUCGAGAGUACGACCACGGAAAUUCUUGGAUGGUCAGUGGCAUGGCUGCCAUGCAUGUUGUGAUGACAACGCGUUUCGACAACCUGUUGUGCGCGAACUCAGAUGAUUCUCCGCAGCAUAGCCAAGCACAAGAAUAUAUGCGUACUUGGAACUUGAUAUGUCUAUGUCAAUUACAAUUCUCAGUUGGCUCUGGACGCCCACCGGUGAUUGCAAAGCAAUACUUUGAUCAAUGUGCGAAUAUCCUUGACUUCCCAUCUUACAACUCUCGAGAUCAACUCGUUUUUGCGGGUGUAGAGCUUUAUCGCACACUAUGGGAUCUUAUAAGCUCCAAUGUGGUACCCCAAGAAAGUGCAACAUGGCCCGAAAUUGACAGGCUGCGCAAAAGCCACAGUCACAUAUACAAACUUGAUUCAUCUGAACCAUUGCGCUUUGCAUACUCAUGCACCUAUCUCAUCCUUGCACGACGAUCAUUGCAAUGUCUCAAUCAUCCCCCGAUUGACAACAACCCCGAAGCCAUCGGUCUAAUCACAGCCGACCAUAAGCUUCCAUUUAUCGAAGAAGCCAUUUCCAGCUCCGAGGAUCUGCUAAAGAUCUUUCUCUCCAUGUCCGAUCUCACCACUUACAUUCAUCCAGCUUACGAAACCCUCCUGAGCUCCUUCGCAAUGGUGACUUUGGCUGAAUUCGUGUCGUACAUUCCUGACGUCAGUAAAGCACUGACCCUCAUGGAGAAUACCAUUUCCCAUAUACAACACGGCGGCAAAGCAGAGCCUGUCAGCCGGUGGUCGUUGAAUAUUGUCCGACAACAUCUUCUCGGAACUAGUACUCAGGAGUCCUCUGUUCAAGUGGGCACUGAUAACAAUUCAGACGGUACUACUACUGGUAUAACCGACGAAGCAUUGAAAUCGUGGGAAGAGGGAUAUUUGAACCUUGACCAGGAGUUUCCCUCGCUGCAGGACAUGUUUUCUUUAGACGUAGUUUGA